AAGUGGGCACCUAUUAAGCUCAGGUUAUGCUGGGGACACCUCCCCAGCAAGCCUCAUGCCUAGUCCCGUGCUCCUGGGGUGACAGGACUUGCCUGGCUGCAACCCCCACUUCUCCCCACUCCUGGCUAUUUCUCAUCCAGGUGCCAGGGUGGCAGGGAUCCAAAUCACCUGGCUGCCUUGAUCUGGGUGACAUGGUUACAGCUGACUCCAAAAGGAAUGGGGGUGGGGUGGAGUGGUGGAGACUGCUCUUGGGGGCGGGGUGGCUGGCAGGACCCAGAAGUUAUGAAAGGAUGCUUUCCUGUCAGCUGCAUUUCUGUUCCCACUCUGAGGCCCAUGCAGUUUUUUCUGGGGGGCAAGGAAGGGAGAUUCCUAAGGCUAAGCUUGAUCUGGCUGGGUUGGCUCCUCCCCUCCGUUUCCGUUUCAGUUUCCAUUUUCGAUUUCAGCAGGGCUGGAUCUCAGCAGAGCCCCGUCUCAGCAGAGCCAGAUCUCAGCAGAGCCCAGUGGCAAGCAUCUGGGCUAAGAUAAGCAAGGCUGCCCUUGGCAGGUGGUGAAGGUGAGGCUGGGCAGGGGUCAGGUGUAGUCCGUGUCACUUGCACCUCCCCUCUUGGCCAGAUCAGGUUCCUGAAUGGAGCUGCGACCCUACCAGUGGGAGGUGAUCAUGCCUGCCCUGGAGGGCAAGAAUAUCAUCAUAUGGCUGCCCACGGGCGCUGGGAAGACCCGGGCAGCUGCUUAUGUGGCCAAGAGGCAUCUCCAGACUGUGGACAGAGCCAAGGUGGUUGUAUUGGUCAACAGGGUACACUUGGUGACCCAGCAUUGUGAGGAGUUCAGCCGCAUGCUGGAUGGGUGCUGGACCAUUGCAACCCUGAGUGGAGACAUGGGGCCACGACCUGGCUUUGGCUACCUGGCCCGGAGGAAUGACCUGCUCAUCUGCACGGCUGAGCUGCUGCAGAUGGCACUGACCAGCUCGGAGGAGGAGGAGCACGUGGAGCUCAAUGAGUUCUCCCUGAUCGUGGUGGAUGAGUGUCACCACACGCACAAAGACACUGUCUACAACGUCAUCCUGAGCCGGUACCUACAGCAUAAACUCCAGAGAACACGGCCCCUGCCCCAGGUGCUGGGUCUCACAGCCUCCCCGGGCACUGGCAGGGCCACCAAGCUUGAUGGAGCCAUUGACCACAUCCUGCAGCUCUGUGCCAACCUGGAUACGUGGCGCAUCAUGUCGCCCCAGACCUACCGCCCCCAGCUGCAGGAGCACAACCGCCAGCCCUGCAAACAGUAUGACCUCUGCCACAGGCGCAGCCAGGACCCCUUUGGGGACAUGCUGAAAAAGCUCAUGGACCAAGUCCACGACCGCCUGGAGAUGCCCAACUUGAGCCGGAACUUCGGGACUCAGAAGUAUGAGCAGCAGGUGGUGGAGCUGAGCCAGGCCGCGGCUGAGGCCGGGCUCCAGGAGCGGCGCGUGUAUGCGCUUCACCUGCGGCGCUACAAUGACGCGCUGCUCAUCCACGACACGGUCCGCGCGGUGGACGCCUUGGCCGUGCUGCGGGAUUUCUACCACAGGGAGCGCACCACCAAGACCCAGGUCCUGCGUGCCGAGCGGUUGCUGCUGGCGCUGUUCGAUGACCACAAGAAUAAGCUGGCCCUCCUGGCGACCCAGGGCCCGGAGAACCCAAAACUGGAGAUGCUAGAACAGAUCCUGCAGAAGCAGUUUGGGAGCCCAGGUAGUCCCCGGGGCAUCAUCUUCACCUGCACCCGCCAGAGUGCCCACUCCCUCCUGCUCUGGCUCCAGCAGCAGCCUGGCCUGCAGACAGUGGACAUCAGGGCCCAGCUGCUGACAGGGGCUGGAAACAGCAGCCAGACCACCCAUAUGACCCAGAAGGAACAGCAAGAAGUGAUCCAAAAGUUCCGGGAUGGCACCCUGAACCUCCUGGUGGCCACGAGUGUGGCAGAAGAGGGACUGGACAUCCCCCAGUGCAAUGUGGUGGUGCGCUAUGGCCUCCUGACCAACGAGAUCUCCAUGGUGCAGGCAAGGGGCCGUGCCCGGGCUGAUCAGAGUGUGUACUCAUUCGUGGCAACCCAUGGCAGUCGGGAGCUGCGACGGGAGCAGACCAACGAGGCACUGGAGACUCUGAUGGAACGGGCAGUGGCUGCUGUGCAGGAAAUGGACCAGGCUGAGUACCAGGCCAAGAUCCGAGAUCUGCAGCGGGCAGCUGUGGUCAGGCGGGCAGCCCAGGCAGCCCAGCAGGAGAGUCGGCGGCAGCAAUUUCUGGCGGAGCAUGUGCGUCUCCUCUGCAUCAACUGCAUGGUGGCCGUGGGCCACGGGAAUGACCUGCAGAAGGUGGAGGGCACCCACCACGUCAAUGUGAACCCCACCUUCUCGAUCUACUACAACGUCUCCCAGAAGCCUGUGGUCAUAGACAGAGUCUUCAAGGACUGGAGGCCUGGGGGUGUCAUUAGCUGCAAGAACUGUGGGGAGAUCUGGGGCAUGCAGAUGAUCUACAAGUCGGUGAAGCUGCCAGCGCUCAAAGUCCGCAGCAUGCUGCUGGAGACACCAGGAGGGCGGGUCCAGGCCAAGAAGUGGUCCUGCGUGCCCUUCCCCGUGCCUGACUUCGACUAUGUGCAGCACUGUGCCCAGAGCCUGUCAGACCUCUCCCUGGACUGACCACCUUGUCACUGCAGUGCCUGGCUCAGACUGCAGGGGGCGGGAGAAUCCGCAGCAGCCACCAUCUUCCCCUGAGCAAAGCCUGGGUGCAGGUGCCUCCUGCCUGAAGUCACCAGCUCAGGGCCCCUUGUUGACCAGCCACAGAGGAACCCCAGGCGCUCUGACUCCCGCACUGAAGAAGCGGCUAAAGGGCCACAGCUAAUCUGACCUCCCUCACAUCCACACAGAUACUUCCAUACACACUGGAUGCAGUGGGAAUGGGGUGGAGGGAGAACUGAGGCGGAAGAAUAGCCACGCUGUAGAGUGUUGGCCCCUUAUCCACGGUUUCGCUUUCGCAGUCUCAGUUACCCGCAGUCAACUGGAGUCUGAAGGUAUUAAAUGGAAAAUUCCAGGAAUAAACAAUUUAUAAGUUUUAAA